CGCCUCCUCGACGACAUCAUCGCGCUGUACUCGUGCCAGCCCACGCGCGAGCGCGUCAAACGCUACACCCCAGACUGCGUGUACGACGACCAGUUCGUGUACGCCAACGACCGAUACAAGAUGGCGGGGCAGUGGUUCGCGCUCCCGAAGCUGUUCAAGGAGAGCAAGAACGAGGGAUAUGAGGUCAUCAGGAAUGACCCGCUCUUGAUCCAGUUCAAGAAUGAGCAGACGUGGACGUUCCCUGGUGGUGUCAAGUCAACCACCAUCAACGCGCUCGUGUCUCUGUCUCUGGAUCCAGACACGGCGGACUCGGACUUCCCCCAGGUCAAGUACCACAAGGACCAAGCGAACGAGAAGGACUACUCACACACGGGCCCCGGCUUCGCGAUCAAGAAGUGGCAAGCUGACCAUGUCUCGGGGUCGAUGGACAGCGAGGACGUCGAGUUCUUCAAGGGUGACGCUCGCGAUGACUAUCACGAAGACGUUCGCAAGUAUGACAGUGGAACGGCUGACGCGCAGAAGUUGCAGUUCUGAGUACACCACGAGGCGAGAUGUAAUGGCUCGAGCGUAGUUUGCCUGUAAUCCACACGUCGGUACAUCUCGAACGACGUGGCUCGCUGUUUUACGUGAUGAAAA